AUGACCGUCAAAGAAUUUGAAGAGCUCGCGCUCGACGGAAAUAAUUAUCCUACAUGGGCUAUGGAUGUUAAAAUUAGUCUUUCAUCCCGUGGAAUUGCAGCUGCACUCAUACCACCUGAGGAUCCCCUUCCGCAGGGAGUUGAACAAUUAACUGAGCCACAAAAAUAUGGUGCUUUAUACAUUAUAAGAAACCAUAUUCACCCAGAUUUGAAAUCUGAAUAUUUAACGGAGGAAUCUCCAAGCAAUAUGUGGCAAUCACUCAAAACUAGAUAUGAACAGCAGAGGGCAGUUAUACUACCUGAAGCUAGUCAUGAGUGGACCCAGUUAAGACUCCAGGAUUUCAAAUCUGUCGGAGCUUAUAACCAUGAGGUUCAUAAGAUUUGUUCGAAGUUACGGUUUUGCGAGAAGGAACCUUCAGAAGAGGAGAAGAUAGAAAAGACUCUAUCAACUAUGCUCCCAGCUGAUAGGAUCCUACAGCAACAAUAUCGUGCAAGGAAUUACCAAGUUUAUUCCGAACUUAUACAUGUUCUCCUCCGAGCAGAAAAACAUGAUGAACUUCUUUUAAAGAAUAGUCAUCAACGCCCAGUUGGGGCUGCCCCUCUACCUGAGGUACAUGCAAAUUUUCAGAAAAACAAUAAGUUCAAUGGCUCUUUCAAAUGUCGUAAGAAGAACUUUAAGGGUAAUUACAACCGCAACCGCAACAACAAGAACAAGCCACAUAAUUCAGACAAGGGAAAGGGCAUUGCAAAGAACAAGUUUGAUAAAACUAAUCUUUGCCAGAAAUGUGGAUGCUACAAGCAUGUCACCAAAAAAUGCCGCACCCCAAAACAUCUGGUAAACCUCUACCUGCAAUCCAUGGGACGUAACAGACCUGCCCAAGGAGCAAGAUAUGAAGCACACUUCAAUCUUCAGCCCGAAAACAACAUGGAAGUUGGAUGUUCGCGAGAUGUUCAAAGAGCACCAAGCAACACCGAGGAAUUACAUGUACCACGGGACUCCACGGACAAGGAGAAUAUGAUGAUCGAAUACGCCUCCAACGACGUGUUCGGAGACUUUGACUAG